ACGCUGAGGGUGUGGGACCUUGGGAGCAUGGAGGAGAAGGCUUGUCUUGAGGGUCAUAAUCACUGGGUGACGAGUGUGGCGAUCAGCAGGGACGGCAAGACGGCCGUCAGCGGGAGCUGGGAUGAGACGCUGAGGGUAUGGGACCUUGGGAGCAUGACGCAGAAGGCUUGUCUUGAGGGUCAUAGGAGUACGCCAUGGAGCGUGGCGAUCAGCGAGGACGGCAAGACGGCUGUCAGCGGGAGUGACGAUGAAACGUUGAGGGUGUGG